UUAUUUGCAUUUUUUAAUGUAUUUAUUGUUUUUGCAGGUUUCGUCCUCCACUGGUGUAGAAGUACAUACAGCUAAUGGUAAUUUAAUAAAUCUCUGGCCGCAGCUGUCUCUCUUCCUUAGAUAUAUAUCUCUGUCUCUCUUCUAGCUGCAACCGUCUUUCUCACUAAUUAUAAUACAGACAAAAUCCCAGUUAAAUGAUCUGCCUUCACAGACAAAUGUAUAAGCAUAGUUUCUCCCCACAUGGCUAUUUCAUCUGGAAUAAUAGAAACAUAUACAAGCGCAAAUCUCUUUUUUUAAUGAUUGGUUUGAAAACAAAAUGAAUCUAGUUAGUCAGUUAAAUAAUAAAUAAGGUGUACUCUUUUCUUACAAUGAAUUCCUCUCUUAUUACAAAAUCUCAAUUACCCAACAAGAGUUUUCACCUGUUACUAGUUCAAUUCCUUCAGUCCAUGUGUUAUUUAGAGGUUUUAGUCAUGUUCAUGCUUUUGAUAUCACUAAAUCAUAUGUGGGUAAAACCUGUUUUAAUAUAUACACCAAGAGUAAUAAUAAGGCUAUACAUACCCUUUUCCAAAGAGAACUUAUUACUGUACCUUAUAUUCAAUCUUAUCGGAUGUCUUUAUUAAAGGAUCAACUGAUUUGCUGGGAAAAGUGUGGCUGUUACCACAGAAAUACCAUGCUAGAAAUAAAAUUAAAGGAAAAUCUUACAAACUUCUCCACAGAUUUUAUCCAGCAAAACAUUAUCUAUAAAAAUGUAAAGUGGGAUUGAUGUAAAUUGUGUUUUUGUCAUGAAUAUGAGGAGACUGCGGUACACUUAUUUCAUACUCAGUCAACUGAUGGAGUGAGGUGCAAGAGUUAAUUAAUAACAAAUGACAGUGUUAUAAAGCUCUAUCAUUGUGGGAAAAUCUACUGUUUGGCAUUUCCAUGAACCCUAUUCAAGAGGAGAAUUGUUUUUAUUUAAUUAAUUUAAUUAUUUUGCUAACAAAAUUCUACGUUCAUAAAUUUACCAAUAAGAAACCCAACUUUAAUGUGUUGAUGACUGAACACAUGUAUUUGAUUAUUACAUAUGUAUAUUUGUCUUUGAUUUAUGUUUACCCCCUGGCAUGUUUAGUUUUGUACUGUUUAAAUGUUAUAAUAAAAAAACAUCUUUCUCGCGAGACUUCAGCGGCAGGAGCCCGGAUGUGCGUGAUUCUGCAGAAAGCUGCUUCCUGAGGCGGAUCAGAGCCAGCAUGAGCUGUCGGUAACGGCUGUGAUCGCUAAUGGAGUCGAACCCGAGUUGCGCUUCUCCCCAAGGGGAGGAGCUGGAGGACGGAGAAAUCUUCGACGAUGAGCCGCAGCAGCAGAACGCGAGACCCCCGCGGCGGCCCCGGCCCUGCCGCCCCUACCGGAGAGCGCGUCUGCCGGGGCCGGUGAUAGGCAGCGCCGCGGGGCCGCCGAGGCCUCCGCACCCGCACCCGGCCUUCCCCUGCGAGCUCCGGCAGGCCUUCGAGUCCGCGCCGCGCUCCGGCUUCUGGGAGCGCAGUCACGCAGCGCUCACGGGCCGCUUCAGGUACCGCGCUCAGCGGCCGCAGGACUGGCCGCCCCGGGACUGGCAGCAGCGCUUCCCGGAGAACCACCGGACAGACUCCCCCGGCAGGAAACCGCAGAAGAGUGUGCGCGCGGCAGCCCGCAGGAACCCUCCGCUCGGCAAAAGCGAGCCGGUGGACGAGAGCUUCGAGGACCUGCUGCUGAAGUACAAGCAGAUCCAGCUGGAGCUGGAGUGCAUCCGCAAGGAGGAGCGCGCCGCCCUGGAGGACGAGGAGCCGCCGGUGCACAGGUCAGACGGAGGAGCGGCGCCGCAGGAGUCCGUGGAGGAGCAGCAGCAGCAGAAGAAGAGCUUUCAGGCCUUCAACAUCCGCCCGCUGCGGCAGAAGCUGCUGACACCUGCAGAGAGAGACGCACUCAACUGCAGAGCCACGCAGGAGAACACACACACGCAGGAGAACACGCGCACGCAGGAGAACACACACACGCAGGAGAACACGCGCACGCAGGAGAACACGCAAGAGGACACGCAGCAGAUGACACUGGACAGCACUGCAGAUGACGCUGUGAAGGACGAGGACUCUGAAUCAGACCUCAACAUCUCCACUGUGAGCGACGAGACUCCAGUCGUCAUCCGCAAGAAGGAGGAUGAGGACGAAGUGUCGGAGCUGCAGCUGCGUCUCCUCGCUCUACAGUCCGCCAGCAGGAAGUGGCAGCAGAAGGAGAAGCAGGUGCUGAAGGAGAGCAAGGAGAAGAUGGAGAGCAAGGAGAAGAAGACGGAGAAGACCAGCUCAGCGUCUGCAGAGAAGACCAGCCCGAGAGCAGCAGAGAGAUCCAGAGCGGCCAGAACACCUGCAGACAAGAGCAGACCAUCCAACAGAGCCAAGAAACCCGCACACCUGACCAAGCAGGCUCUGAGGAAGCAGCAGUUGCGCACCUGGAAGCUGCAGCAGGAGGCGCGGCGGCAGCAGCAGGAGCAGGAGGAGGAGCGGCGGCGGCGGGAGGACGAGAUCCGCAGGAUCCGGGAUCUGUCCAAUCAGGACGAGCAGUACAACCGCUUCAUGAGGCUGGUGGGCUCCAGACGGCCCUCCCGCAGCAAGUCUGCAGACUCAGGCAAGCUGAAGCAGAGUCUGGACACGUCCGGCUGUCUCUACCAGUACGACAACUAUGAUGAGGUCGCCAUGGAUACUGACAGUGAAACCAACUCACCAGCUGCGUCCCCUACCCAUGAUGCACUGCCCAGGUUCCCGCUGGAGUCCACGCCUCACCGACAGGUAAACACUCGCCGCUGUGUACUCAGGCCACAUCUGAACCCUGAGGAGGAUCAUGGAGUCUCCACAAUGACCUGUGCUGAAACCCUGACCAGCAGCCUCAUUAGAGGAGGGCAACAUUAA